AAGAGAGAGAGUUGGGGCAGGGGAGGGUGUAAAAGGAGAGACGAUGGCCGAGCUGCUGAAGAAGGGAGGCCCCGAGCCGGUGGAAACCAAAGACGUGAGGGAGGCGCUGAAAGCCAAGGAGGUGAAGGAGAACGCCAACGCCGAGAGAGCGCAGAGCGGCGAGAAGACCAAGGCUGACAUGGAGAAGUACGCGCUCAACAAGACGGCCGCGCCGAAAGAGCCCUCCCUGGUGGUCCUCAACAACGACGGCGGCGCUGUCGCCUCGCAUAAGCCCGUGAAAAAGCAAAUCCAGUUUGCAGAUGAGAAGCAGGAGUUUAGCAGAUUCCCCACCAAGACUGGUCGAAGGUCUCUAUCACGUUCAAUUUCUCAGUCUUCCACAGACAGCUACAGCUCAGCUGCAUCCUAUACAGACAGUUCUGAUGAUGAGACCUCUCCAAGAGACAAACAGCAAACCAACUCGAAGAACAGUAGUGACUUCUGUGUAAAGAACAUCAAACAGGCAGAAUUUGGUCGCAGGGAGAUUGAAAUUGCUGAGCAAGAAAUGUCAGCUCUUGUUGCUCUUCGAAAACGAGCACAGGGUGAAAAACCACUAGCUGGAGCCAAAAUCGUGGGCUGUACCCACAUCACAGCCCAAACUGCGGUCCUCAUAGAGACUCUGGGUGCUCUUGGAGCGCAGUGUCGCUGGGCAGCCUGUAAUAUUUACUCCACACAGAAUGAAGUUGCAGCUGCUCUUGCUGAGGCUGGAUUUGCGGUGUUUGCUUGGAAAGGGGAGUCUGAAGAUGAUUUCUGGUGGUGCAUCGAUUGUUGUGUGAACAUGAACGGCUGGCAAGCAAAUAUGAUACUGGAUGAUGGUGGAGAUUUGACACACUGGGUCUAUAAGAAAUAUCCCAAUGUUUUUAAGAAAAUCCGAGGCAUUGUAGAGGAAAGUGUGACUGGUGUUCACAGACUCUAUCAGUUGUCAAAAGCAGGCAAGCUCUGCGUCCCAGCCAUGAAUGUGAAUGAUUCUGUUACCAAACAAAAAUUCGAUAACCUCUACUGCUGCAGGGAGUCGAUCUUGGAUGGCUUAAAGAGAACAACAGAUGUGAUGUUCGGUGGAAAGCAAGUGGUGGUGUGUGGAUACGGAGAGGUUGGGAAAGGCUGCUGCGCUGCUCUGAAGGCACUGGGUGCUAUUGUGUAUGUGACAGAGAUCGAUCCAAUUUGUGCUUUACAGGCUUGUAUGGACGGAUUUCGUGUGAUGAAACUGAAUGAAGUCGUACGACAGGGGGAUUUGAUCAUUACCUGCACAGGUAACAAAAAUGUUGUUACUAGGGAACAACUUGACCGAAUGAAAAACGGCUGUAUUGUCUGCAACAUGGGGCAUUCCAACACGGAAAUUGACGUGGCUAGCCUACGCACUCCAGAACUGACAUGGGAGCGUGUACGGUCUCAAGUAGACCACGUGAUUUGGCCAGAUGGGAAGCGUGUUGUGCUUUUAGCUGAGGGUCGCCUUCUAAACUUGAGCUGUUCAACUGUUCCCACCUUUGUGCUUUCAAUCACGGCAACCACUCAGGCACUGGCUCUGAUAGAGCUCUACAAUGCUCCUGAGGGGCGCUACAAACAAGAUGUGUAUCUCCUGCCUAAAAAGAUGGAUGAGUAUGUUGCCAGUUUGCAUCUGCCAACCUUUGAUGCACACUUGACAGAAUUGACAGAUGAUCAGGCGAAAUAUCUUGGCUUGAACAAAAAUGGACCCUUCAAACCUAAUUACUACAGGUAUUAGAUGGAGCAGAACCAAAAUGAUUGGAAGAAGGACCAAGUUGUCUGACACCUCAGUAGAAGAAUGUAUAGUAGGAGCCAGCCUAGCUGUUUAAAUGCUCACUAAAUGUAUCUGAAGGGCAUUUCUGCACACCUAGGCAUCUUAUUUCUUUCACAGCCUGGUCUUUUGAUUGCAUAUUCUUUUCUAUACUCCUCCAAUUAUUAAUGAGUGUUUUGAUUUUCUAAUUUACUGCCGGGAGAUGUAACUGUCACAUUAUAUUGUGACAGUACAGUCUCCAUGAAAUCACUUGAGCCUGUAUAUGAUUGAUGUGCAAACAAGUAGUACUGUAAUAAUUUAAAAAAAAAAUUAUCUUUAUUUUUUUGCUUUGUCUUUCCUGUUUUGUUUUAGUCCAAGACCUGAGCUUUAAGUUCAGUUCAAAAUGUUCCAAAGGAUUUCCUUGUUUUAACUUUUUUUAAAACCCUUUGUUGGUGGCAAUCAAAACCAAUUUGGUAAUUGUCAGUAUAGUUGUAUGAUACUCAUGUCUUUUCAGGAACCAGUGCUGACUGUAAUAAAUGAUGAGUAUCAACUUUUAAACCAACCCGAUUCAGUACUAAAACAGUUGUAAAUAUCACUAUGUAGCCAAAAAAAUGUGAAUGGUUUUGUUUAUGCAGAAUUUGAGUUCACCUCUCUUUCAUGCAAUGCUAGCCUUACUUAUGCGCUUUAAUAUAUUGACACCACUAGAUGUUACACUUCAGGACACAAAUCAUUAUCAAUCAGGCAAGGAAAAUUAGAAGCUUACAUCUGCUGGUUUGACAGGGAAACUAAUUUUUAAGGUGUCAGUAUUCUAAUUCUAGACGGUUACAUUUUGACAUAAUCAUAUUAGAGCAAGUUUGUCAUAAGAUUGUGCCAAAAGGAGUUUGUGGUGACAAGCACGAACCUCUGGUUGAGUCUUGAUGGCUUCAUAUUCCACAGACACUUGCUGUAUACAAACAAAACAUUUCAGCAAUUAUGUACUUUUUGUGAUAGGGCUUUUUAUUUUGCAAUUGUUUUUUCUGGACCAUGAACAAGCACUGGAUUCUGCUGGUGACCUCUAUUAAUACUGUGGGUUUUAUGCCAAUGAGCCUCUAAGGUUGUACACCCAGCAGUGGGACCAGAAAAUACUUUAACUCCAGUUACGUGAUAAAGAUAUAUUUUAAAAAAAAAUAAAGAAUUUAAAAAUCAUUGUAGAAACAGGAAGGAUUUUUCAAUCAAAAAUUGCUUCUGUGUUGUCUUAUGGGAAUGACUCUGAUUUUGUUAAUUUUGGAUCUCCUGAUAUAGAAGCAUAACAAUAGAAGUCUGAAUUGUAAAGCCUGUUUCCUGGCACCUUGUAUUCAUUUGUUUAAAGCUAGAUUAUUAAAUAGGAAGGGGAAGAAUCUCCCUUGCAAUAUUUUCAGAACUGCUACUGUCUCAAUUUGGAGCAAUGUGUGCAAAACUAACUUGCUUUAUUCGAUUUGUGAUGCAGAUUUCAUAGAAUCAUAGAUUGUACUGCACAGAGAGAGAUCAUUCAGACCAUCUUGCCUGUGCCAGCUAUUGGAAAGUGCUAUCCAAUUGCUCUCACUGCUCCUCGCUCUUUCUCCAAUGCUUUUCAAACGUUGCCUUUUUAAGUAUUUAUCAAUUUGCCUUUGAAAGUUGCUAUUGAAUCUGCUGUCAUGUUAGGUAGCAUGUUCUAGAUCAAAAACAACUUGCUGCCUUUUUUAAAAAGAACUUCCCAUUUUUCCCCACUGGGCCAAAGUAUUCAUCCACUCCCCUUUUUGAAUGCAUUUGAAUAAAUUUACAUGUCUUUUCUGAUGGGCCUGACUCAAUAUUUCUUAAAAAUGUUCUCACCAUCCCGUUUGCUGUAAUGAACCUAUAUUUCAUUUUCCUAGGUUUCCCUUCAUGUUGUGAACACAUAUAGACACCACCACAAAAAUAGACAGGUUGUCAAAAUGCUACUCUGAAAUGGCAGCAAAGCAAAUUGCUCAGUGAGAAAUCUAGAGUUUGGAAUCAAUUCAUCCCUUUUAACAGUAGGAUAUUGAUCUCGCAUCUGCCCUUAUUGGGGAGGGGAUUGUUGGACCUUGCUUGAGUUGCUAGGCCAGCGCACCUUUUUCAGCAGUCCAUAAUGAGGGUAGGGGGAAAAACUAGGGGCAGUCUUACCAGCAAUGCAUCCUCUCACUGCCAGUGAGGGGAGAUCAAUUGUUGGGAAAUCUAAUGCAUGUUGCCCUGGGAACUAAAGUAGGAAAUAAAAGCAUGGUGGUGAACAUUAGUGGAGCAGUCUUAUUUUUAAAUUAGGAGCUGUUGACCACAGUGUAAUGUGAGCUGAGAGAUGGCACUCUAGAUCCAACUUCCAUUCACUGAUCAGAUGUAGCCAUUUUUUCCCCCUUCGUCAUACAUGCUAUGUUUGCAGGGCUAUAUGAUGAGCUCAUUGCAGUGCCAUACCCAUGCCAGCUUCAGGUAAAUAAUUCCAAAAAUGUCAUCUGAAUAACUGGUAGCAACGUCUGCCCAAUGAGGUUUAACAUUUGAUAAAUGCUAAUAGUGUAAAGCUAUAGACUGUAAAAACUUUGAGUGUGAAUCUACCAAUAUUAAUACAUAAGAGGAGAUAAUAAAUGGUCCUACUUUGACUAUAAUGUCUUUUUUUUUUCUCAAAACUGUUAUAUCUCCUGGAAUAAAUAAGAGGAAGAGGAGAGAAAACUGAUCAGUACAACAGUCCCUUUCAACUUGAUGUUAAAUGUUCCACCGCUCCCAACGUGGAAAUGGAAUUUCUAGUAGAUCCUUUAUAAGUUGGAGCAUCCCAUCAUGGUCCAAGUCAGUUUUUAAACAGGCACUGAGUAUUACCAUUAACAGGAUUUAGCUGUAUUUAUAUUUGCAGUAUUGCUGGUGGAAAUAAGCUGCUGCUUUUUAUGUAGUAUUGUAGAAUUUGUGUAUUAUGUCUUAAUAAAUGUGAAAAUUAAUGUUUAAUUUCACAAACUUAAGAGACCUCAAAUUCUAGAACUUGCAUUUGCUAAACAAUGAAUUGUCUUCCUGCCUGUUUUAAACAUCUCAAACAGUAAUCCAUAAUAAAAACAAAAUAAAAACCACAAUAAUAACUGGAAACACUCAUCAGCAUCUGCAGACACAGAGAGAGAGAGAGAGAGAGAGACAGAGUUAACUUCUUGAGGACUUAUCAGAAUGGGAAGGUGUUAAAAGAUAAAUAGUUUUUAAGUGAGUGCAGAGCUGCAGAAGAAGGAAAAUAACACAAAGGUAGAGGGCAGGAGUGAAUAAAUGACAAAAGUGAUGAAUGGCAAGAGGUAAAGUUAGGUGAAAAUCAGACAGAAGGGGAUGUAAAUGGCUUCAGUAGAGUAGCAGAGCAGGAGAGCAGCAUGGGAAAUCUGGCACAGAAAGGAAAGCUUCCAUGGCCUAGGAGUGUGGCAGAGGAAAGACUGGGAAACCCCAGGGCUUCUGAUCACCCCAACUCCUGGCUAUGUACAGAUGGUGUUCAGAGGUGGGCAGUGUGGUGCUCUCAUUGAAUAUUCACCCUGUAUCCUAGCUUCGGUCAAACUUUGCCCAAAAGCCAAUCACGGCUAAUAAAAGGGUAGGCAUUGUGGCUACAGUGUGAAUCUGAAUCGCACGAUUCUAAGACUGUAAUGCCUCAUUAAUCUAUACAACUGAAAAAGAAACACAACAGACGUGCUAAUUAUAUCCAUCCAUAUAUUUCAGCCAGUAAAGCUGGCUUCUACAGCACUGUUAAAAUCUUCUUUCAAGAUAAUUGGUACUUUUCUUCAUAAACCUGUGAUGGCAGAUUGUUUUUAUUAAAAUUUCUCUACGCUUGAAGGAAUAGGGUUUUGUUUUCAUGUAUUGAAGUGACUUUUCCCUGCUUCAGCUUAAUUAUGCAGUGUACAGCUAAAGCAUGAGCCAGGAAGGUAAAUAUUUUGUUCUUUGGUUUCCCCUGUACUAAAUCAAAGGAAAGAUAACUCCAAAGGUGUUUGCAAUUCACCAAUUCGGUCCUUUCCCAUUGAGCACUGCGAAGAUGCAUCUUAGCAGUAGCAUGGGAGACAAUGCAUUGAAGAGACAUGUGGCAGGAUAAAUCCUGUGCAGCAGGUACAAUCUGUAGCACGGGGAUCCGCAUUGAUGGUGUUUUAAGUGACAAAGGUUUUGUGUAGUUUUCAUUUUGCAGCCUUUGCUGGCAAUAUCCGGUGCACACUUGGAAAAUCUUUUCUUCCACUCCACCCCCCCCCCCCACACCCCUGCCACUCUCUGCUUGCCUCCCAACAACUAAACUCUGCCUCAGCAAAUGUGAUGAUAACUGAGUGGACACUCUGAGGAUAUCCUUUCUUUAUAUGACUCCACUGGGUUUUCCCUACCCAGACAGAGUAAGAACCUAAGAAAGAAGAACAGGUGGAGACAAAAACACCACUCGAGCAGCUCCUCUAUCAACAAGAUCAUGGCUGCACUUCAAUAUCAACUCUACUUUCCCACCUUUUCCUGAUAUCCCUUGAUUUCCUUAGAGUCCAAGAGUCUAUUGACCUUGGUCUUGGAUUUAACUCAACAGCUGAACACCCACAGCCCUCUGGAGUAGAGAAUUCCAAAGAAUGAGUGUGUAUGGAACUCAAUGAAUUAACUCUGUAGUUGAACUUAAGGAUUUUUAGAAAUAAUUAUAGUCAAAAUUAAGAGCAGGAAGGAUUUCCACAUGAGUAUAUAUUUGCAGUGGAUGUACUAGGCAAUUGAUUCACUUGUAAUUAUGUUUUUGAUGGGAAAAUCACCAAUACUGACCACAAGCAGUUAAAUAACGCAUUCCCUAUCCCUUAGCGGUUCAUUGAAAAUCCAGGUUAGAUACUCAUUUGAGAAUCAGGAGAAAUAAGUUUUGAGAGUUUAAUGGGCUUGCUGGAAUUACCAUUUCCUAUUAAGCAUCACUAAUGUGUUACAUAUGACAGAUGUGGUCAUAAGCCAGCGGAGAUGGGGGAUAUGGCUGAGGGAGCUGAAUGGUUUUGGUGUAUCUGGUUACUGGUACAUGUCAAAUCUUGAUGGAGACCUAUUAAAUACAUUAAGGAGAUGUGAAAAUGGGAUAAAGAAGUCCAUUGUCUUAUAUAUUCUACAGCAUUUUGUUGAUAACAUUAAAAGGACUAAUAAUUGCUUUGUUAUAUAUCGAUUACAGCUACUUUUGGGGUCAUCACUCUUGUAUCACACAACAUUGACAAAAAAUAGCACUGGGUUUGUAAAAAUAUUGCUGCAUACUCCUACCAUGUGCUUUACUGCAGCUGUUUGUUAACUAAAACAUUCACAAUUUGUUCUUUUUGUGAAUUUCUUUCCAUAAGCACAUGCUCAGUGUUUUGAUUUUGUCCCCUGGCUCUUAAGCAGCAUCUUUAAGAAAGGAAUAAAUGGAAACAGAUGAGGCAAUUCCUAGAAAUAAACCAAGUAACUUUCACAGUACAAAAUCUCUACUCUUCAUUGAAGUAUUAUUGUACACUCUUCACAAUGAAAACUUAACCUUUACGAUUUAAACUGUAAUGGAUGUAUAAUAAAUGGGCAACUAGCUUGCUGGGAGCAGUCCAUUUACAUGUGUGAAUUUCAUUUGUGAUGAAAGACUUGUGAUUCAUUACCACAUGUAAUGCGUAUGAAUUGCACACCCUUUUGUGGUUUGUGAAAGAAACCGAUUAGUAGCAGAACUAGUGCAAUAUCCUAUUAACUUCUGUAAAAACCUGCAGAGUUGUAACUGUGAACUUGGUGACUAAAUCUUCACUGAAAAUUUUGAUUAUAUAUGUACUAGCGUAUACUGUAUUUUGGAUGAAUAUAAAACACAGCCACCGAAAACAAGAGGUGUGGAUGGAGGAAAGAGCACUACCAUGGCAGGAUUUUACCAUUUUGGUUUUCUGUAACUACAGUGAUUUGAGAGGAACAUAUUAUCACUGCAAUAUGAUGUAACCUAUGUCCUAAUGCAAAGUCGUUGUUGUCAUCUGAACUGGAUAUUACAUUUACAGAGAGUUUAAAAUAGAUAGUGCAGUUUCUUAACCGGUACUACUCAUUGUUUUCAGCCUGAUUUCUCAAAGGAUAAGGCAAUUGCUUGAAAAAUCUAAGGGCCACUGGGUGAACCAGCAAUGUAGAUUCUUACUCAAUUUCAGCUAAUUAAAGAAAUACUUGAUAUAUUCAAAGUAGAGAAUACAUAUUAUUUGAUAAUUUUCUAUUGCAUACAACCUUUUUCAUUGCUGUACUAUGAAGAGUAGUAGAUGAAAAAUGUCAUUAACCUUAAUAAAGGUCUCCUAAACAAUCA